CGACGACGCCCCCCGGGGGCGGGGGUUGGGGGGGGGAGGAUUCGAAAUAACGAUCCCAGUCCCAGUCAUCAUCACAACAAUCAUAAUUGCGAUCAUAACAAUAAAAAAGGGGCAAGUCACCGCCGACGCGGCCCAGCCCCGCACCGCUUACGUCCAUCACCGUCGCUUCUUUAUUUCCAGUAAGCAGCGAGACGCCCCCCCCCUCCCCCCGGCCAUGGGCUCCGGCGUGGAAGUCCUGCGCUUCCAGCUCCCGGGCCACGAGGCGGCCACGCUCCGGAACAUGAACCAGCUGCGGGCGGAGGAGCGGUUCUGCGACGUGACCAUCGUGGCGGACAGCCUGAAGUUCCGGGGCCACAAGGUGAUCCUGGCGGCCUGCUCGCCCUUCCUGCGGGACCAGUUCCUGCUGAACCCCAGCUCGGAGCUGCAGGUGUCGCUCAUGCACAGCGCCCGCAUCGUGGCCGACCUCCUGCUGUCCUGCUACACGGGGGCCCUGGAGUUCGCCGUCCGCGACAUCGUCAACUACCUGACGGCCGCCUCCUACCUCCAGAUGGAGCACGUGGUGGAGAAGUGCCGCAACGCCCUGAGCCAGUUCAUCGAGCCCAAGAUCGGGCUCAAGGAGGAGGCCGAGGGGCCCCCCCCGGCCGCCGCCGCCGCCUCGUUCCUCCUCCCCGCCUCCCGGAUCCCCAAGGCCGCCCCGCGCCUCCCGCCCCCGCCCCCCCCGCUCCUCCGCCCCGUCAAGCUGGAGUUCCCGCUGGACGAGGACCUGGAGCUGAAGGCCGAGGAGGAGGACGAGGAGGAGGACGAGGACGUGGCGGACAUCUGCAUCGUCAAGGUGGAGUCGGCCCUGGAGGCGGCCCACCGGCUCAAGCCCCCCGGGGGAGCGGGGGCCGGGGCGGGGGGCGGCGCCGCCGGGGGCGGGGGGCUACUGGAGGCCCUGGGGGGCGGGAUGCCCGCGGGGGAGCUGCUGCCGCCGCCCCAGGGGGUGGUCAAGGCCUGUUACAGCCUGGCCGAGGACGGGGAGGGGGAGGGGCUGCUGCUGCUGCCCCGCGGGCUGGGGGCCCUGAGCGCGGCCGGGCUCGGGGAGGAGAUGGUGGCGGCCGCCAUGGUGGCCGGGGGCGGGGCCGGCGGGCGGGGCGGGGGCCCGCCGCCGGGGGCUUCCGGGGGGAACCCCCUGAAGAACCUCAAGUGCACCAAGUGCCCGGAGGUGUUCCAGGGGGUGGAGAAACUGGUGUUUCACAUGCGCGCCCAGCACUUCGUCUUCAUGUGCCCGCGCUGCGGCAAGCAGUUCAACCACAGCAGCAACCUCAACCGCCACAUGAACGUCCACCGCGGGGUCAAGUCCCACUCGUGCGCCGUGUGCGGCAAGUGCUUCACGCAGAAGUCCACGCUGCACGACCACCUCAACCUGCACUCGGGCGCCCGCCCCUACCGCUGCUCCUACUGCGACGUGCGCUUCGCCCACAAGCCCGCCAUCCGCCGCCACCUCAAGGAGCAGCACGGCAAGACCACGGCCGAGAACGUGCUGGACGCCAGCGUGGCCGAGAUCAACGUGCUCAUCCGCUAGCGGCCGGCACGGCGGAGGUCCCUCCCCCGCUUCCGGCGACCGAGAGUCCCGCGGGGGGUCGGCGGGAGGGGGGGCGGUCCCCGGCUCUCCGACCGGGUGGGUCGUGGCGGGCCGGGGGGCGGUCUGGAAGGAGACGGGCCGGGAGGGCGGAGAAAACGGUCAUUUCUGGAGAGGAGGGAGAUGGUUCUGACGGGGGCUUGAAGGGUGGGGGGCUUUCCAGACCCCACUUGGGGACAGUUGGAGGGAGGGGACGGUCGCUUUUAGGUGGGGGUAGUAGAAGGGAGGUGGGAGGGUGGG